AUGGCUAGAGGGCUCUUCACUGGCAGCAACCAAGAUGCUGGCAGGACACUCGGUUUGGAGGGGGGGCUGCUCUGCCAGCUGAUCCGUUCCCCAGAUUACAAUCUGUUCCCCAACUCAGCGGUUUUUGAGAGCAACUUCAUUCAGGUCACAAAGAAGGGGAAAUGGAUGGACAUCACCCACACACCCACCAUUGUGACUCUGGCAGUGACCUCCUCAGAUCCCUGCCUCCCUCUCCCCAACGUGCUCCUGAUGGCGAACCAACAGGCCCCACUUCAAAGGCCCUGCCCGCCACUACCGGAGCUUCUGGCCCUGACUGCCUCCGUUGCUUUGCCCAGGCUGCUCCCCCUCCGCUACGUCCGGCUCUCUGUCCACAGCGCCUCCCAGCGCAUUUUGCGUCUCCAGACGGUGACCAAGACGGUGUAUUACCUGCAGCUGCACCACGAACACCCAGAAUCCGUCUUUGCGCUCUGGAGCCGCCUGAUAAACAUCCUGCAGAAUGGCCUCUCUACCACCACCAAGGACCCGGCCAUCCCCAUCCACCACUGCCUGGUCUCCAGCCGUAGCAGCAGCGUCUCCAGCAUCGGGCCCUUGGUCGAGCGCUCUGAUACGGUGAUAAGGAGCGCAGGGGUGAUCAAGAGAGUGGGCAGGAAGGUGUCGGGCACCACCACCCAGUUCUCCCCAAGUCCCAAGCAAAACCUGGAAAAGCCUCGGAGAGUCUCCUUCCAAGCGCAGCAACAGAGCCUGGAGGACACGUCGGGCCUCUCCAGCAACAUUAAAGUCCUCUUCUACGACCUGCCUCCGCCGCUGGUGUGCGCCCGCUGCAAGGGCCGACUGCCGAGGACCGAGCCGCGAAAGUGCCGCCUGGACGCCCGGCCCGCCGACUCGGAUGUGGAGCUGGCGCCCUGGAUGGACCGGAGGACCCACGGCCUCUGGCAGCAGGAGACGCCCACCUGGCUGCAACCCCUCUGCCGCCUCAGUAGCCUCGCCGCCGCCGGCUGGAAAUAGGCCGGGCCGGGCCGGGGCGGGACCCCGGCUGGGGCGCACGGCCGCCCGGACACGCCGUCGCCGCAGCAGCCCAAGCGGGACGAGAAGCGACUGGCGGGGCCAAAGCGCGAAAGGGAUAAAUAAAGCUGCCGGCUGGACCCGACCCAGGAGUGGCGCCCACUUGCAGAGGAGGCGGGAAGGGCGGACGCCGGGAGCAGGAACCCCCCCCCUCCCGACCCACCCAGAGGGGAGGGAAAUGCACUGGGGGCCAGCUAACUCUGCUGGGUGUCUAUGGGCACAGCCAAGGCAGGAAGGGGGUGGGGGGCUUCUAAUACCCCCCCUGACCCUCCUCCUACCAGCCUCUUUCCAUCACCUGGAAAUGGUACAUCAAUUGUUGAGGGACAGCCCUCUAAGUGGACUGGGGUCCCACACCAAGCACUCCGGCGUCAGGGGUCCCUCACUUGCCCAGAGCAGGUGUCAGGUGCCCACCAAGGGGGCAACCUCUCCUCCAAGGUCUGCUUUUGGGUGGGAGCGAAGUUGGUGGUGAGCAGCUUCUUGCAGCCAGAUAGGGAGGCUUCAUCCAGAGCAUCCCCCAGAAGAUGUGGGGGAAAGAAAGAAUUGGGGGGGCCAGGAGGGGGCCUGGCCAAGGGCCUGGCUUUGGAGGCAGGGGCUGAGCAAGCCACCCCCACAGAUGAAGGGGUCCAAAUUUGGGGAAGGGUGGCUGGAAGGGCAAGAUGCUGCUUUCCCCAUCACUGGAAAAGUCCCCAUCCCAUCUUAGGGUUAGGGUCCCCCCCUUCCCUUUCAUCUCCCCCCCCCAGUAAUUCAAAGGAAGGUCAAACCAAUUUGGGGACAAAGUUGAAACCAGGGUUUGCAUCUGCCUGCUGUGCCUCGAGAGCAGUUAGAAAGAAACGAAGGAAGCUUAGUGCCCUCCUGAGACAUUGACUCACCAUCCCAAGGUCAGCCCUCCUUCGCAGGGAGAGUUACCAAAACCACUUCUUUGAACGUGAACUGGACAAGCGGAAGAUAGCUCUGUGUGUGUGUGUGUGUGUGUGUGUGUGUGUGUGUGUGUGUGUGUGGAACAGGAAGGGGAAAGUUA